UCGGAUCACGGCUUUAAGAGUGGGCUUCCUCUCUUCAAGCCACCAGUUGGCCGGGGUUGAAUUUUCUAUUGCCAGCUCUCCCUGCAAAAAAAACGUAUGGGGCUCGUAUCCAUUUAUUGGUAUUUUUUUUUUUGUGGGUUAUUGUUUUAACUGCUGUUGUUGGCUUGUUUUGUCUGGCGGGGUUUUUGACUUUGGAGUUAGGGGCUCCUUUUCCCCACUUGGCUGUCUUAAGAGAGUUCGGGCAGGAGAGUUGUGGAGGUGCAAAAGCGGGCGCCACAAAGACAGGCUCUUUUGGUGAUAAAUUGUUUUUUGUCUUUUGUGUGUCGCUUGAUUUUUUUUUUCCGGGGGGCUUCUUUACAUCAAAAAUUGGAGGCUAGGGAAGGGCAGGACUGAGAGGGGCAACGUGGCUGCGGCACCAUUUGCCCUGGAUCGGAACACUUUCUCUUGCCUUUUUUUCCUUCUUCUUCUUCCUCCGACACUUUUUUUGCCCAGCGUUUGUGUUUUUCACACUUCUCACUUUUUUUUUUUUUUUUGAAUUUUGCAUUUAAUUUAGUGUGACUAGCGGUGAAUGGAGCAUGGCUAGUUUUGGGGGGAUUAAUGACAUGACGAGAGACACCCCGCUGCUUGAGUUUAGCCAAGUUAGGGCAACUCCUAUAGACGGCACUCCACUACCUUUAUGUCUGCCAAGCCGCUGAAUGAAAGCCGCUCUCUUUCGCUCCCUCUUUUUGUUGUUCUUUCAACUUAUCAAAGAAAGGAGAGAUGGACACAAAAGAGCUUAUUAGGGGGGAUAUGAAGAUGGGCGAGGGGGAAAGAGGGAGUCCCGGUCAGACACGGAGAAGAGCGGCGCAGCCUGAGUGUGCGUCUGAAUGCAUGUGGGGGCUGAGAGUGAAUCGGGCAGCUCCGGCCACCCGCUCGCGGUCCUCUCGCCGCUCUGGGACCUGACGGGCUGUCGUCCUAAGUCGCUCCAGCGCACCCUUGGCUCUCGCCCGGUCCUCCGGCCGCUCUCUUAUCGGCUUAACCCAUCGGGCGUUUAGCGAAGGGGGCUGCCGUAGAUGAGGUGCUGCCCCCCAGUGGAUUAGUGGCUGACAUGGUGGUGGGAGUCUGCUUGGAGUCUGUGCACUACCACGAGUGCCAGCAUGCUUGUUUUAACCAGGAACCGAGCAGCAUCCCAAAUACAGCUCUUUUAAAUGGUAAGACUUUUUCAACAUUUUAAUUACCGCUCUGCUUGAUUUUCUCUUGCUGCUUGUUUGGCUUUAAAUAUUAUGUUUUGAUUGGAUUUAUUCAUGGUUUAUUUUUUUCUUGGGCUCCGUUUGGCAAUUUAUAACACUUAUGUUGCUAAGUGACAGAUUGACAAUUUGGAUAAUGAAAGGCAGUGUUUGAUUGCUUUGUCUUGACAAGCCUGACAGGGGUGUAUUAUUCUAAGACAUCAAACUAAAUAUGAUUAUUGUUUAUUAGAUGUUCGGGGCAGUUUUAAUAAAUCUCACUGAUAAAUACAUUGGGGCAAUUUAAAAUAUUAUGUGCUGUAUUUACACGUGGAUUUAGGUGGUUUUGAUCGUGUGUCUCAUCUCACUGCGCCUGUGCUUCUGUUAACAUUUAUAAAUCAGGGUUAAUAUUUUUUGUAGUUCGUGUCUGACAUGUUUAAUCAUUUUUAAUGCAAUAUGAUUUUUUGUAAAUAACAUAAUUACCCUGUAAUUAUUAUUGCGUGUGCUUGAAGGAAAAGAAGCAGGACUUUGAAGUCAUUGAUUCCUCCUCCCUGUUUUUAUCCUGUAUUGCUCUAAAAUUAAUCUGAGAACGUAAUGAGUUCGUAAAAGGUCAGAGGCCGUUCCGUUAGCUUGAUUUGAGAAAAAAAGUUUUUGUCCCCCUCCUCUUUUUUUGUCCAUUAUCGCACACUUUCGGGGACUCAUGCGAACACCUCAGACGGUGGAGUAGGGAUAGAAGGUUUUUUUUUUCCUUUUUCUUCACUCGCCCCCUCCGCUCCUCUUGUGUUUGUGGCGUUGAUGCCAUUGUGGCUGGGUGAUUGGGAGCUGUCCAUCACUCGCUGGCGAACUGGCAGUUUACUUAAGAAAGUGCAUGUGGGACAAAAGGAGAUGGCAGGAGCGUGGCAGGCCGGCUGAAUGGAGGGAGGGCAGGCAAUUAGCCACCGCCUUGUCAGGGCUCUUUUACUUGUCAAGCUGGAGCCCCCCGCGCUAUUGUCCGAGCUGUGUAAAGGACAUUCCCAGGGCUUUGUUUUGGCUUUAAGGGCCUCAGGACUGCCUGCUGCAGGCCAGGGGAAGAGCAGGGUCCUAACAGUGACAGAGAGGCUCCGCGACUACAGGAGGGAAAAAGGAGGAAUAAAAAAAGGAACAGCGUAUUAAGAGAAAGUCUUUGCGAUGUAUCUGUUGCCAACUACUGAAAAACAUUCAUCUUUUAAAUAUAUAUUUGUUCCAUUUAAUCCCUACAUGGUUAAACACUUGAGUUGAUUUUUUUUCCUUUUUAAUUAUCUUUCACUCCAAUAACCUUCAUCAGUCUGUAUUAAAAAUAAAUGAAAUGUUACUGUGCUUAGGUGGGAAUAAUUCUUCCCAUAAAUAUUUAAUUUGUCAUGGUCAUUAGUCAGGUUUAGGUUGUAAGAGGUUAUAAAAGGUAAUUAAAGGCUGACAAGUGGAGUUAAUUAUAGAAUGCAGAAAUGUAAAAUGAUCCAGGGUUAUCUCAGAAUGUUCUUUAAAAAGAAAAAAAUAAGGUAAUGAAUUAUAACAUUCCUUUGUUGAUUAAAAUUGUUUUAUUUUCUUCCUGUUAUUGAGCAUCUAGAUAAAAGCGCCCUCAUAUUAAAUGUUUAAUCUAUGAACAAAUCUAUUUUCAUCUCAAGAAGAAUGUUCAUAUAUUUUAAUCUUUUGAAAUUUUUAUUGGGACAUAUUUUUUUGAAAAAAAGAAACAAUGCAGCACAUGUUAGGACAAUGUUCUGCUUUUCAAAAUAAAAUUUAGAUUAAAAAAAAAAGUUUGCUGGAAUAACUCCCCCCCCCGCAAAGCACUUUGACUGUUUACACACUGCUGGCCAACAGAUCUCUUGGACUUUUCUCGUGCACUCGUUGAAAGAAAGUCACGACCAUGUGAGCCUUAUCAUUUGACUCCGGCAUUCAGAGGAAUAAAUGGAUUUGAAAAUGAAAUAGUUGCGGGAGGAGGAGAAAAAAAAAAGAUGGGGAGAAGAGGGCGGCGAGGAAGGGGGCUUGAGGCCUUGUUCACAUGAACCUUGAAUGGAGACAUGGAGUCGAGGCGGGGAGUUAAGAGAAAGAAUUGUUCUGAACUAUGAGGUAUUGUUUGGAAUGAGAGGGAGGAAAGUGUGUGGUGUGGGGGGAGUGCGACGAAGGGUGCCACAUCCAUGUCAGAGUGAAGACUUUCUCUCCCUCCAGUCGGCUCACCCCCUCCUGGAAAAGUGGUGUGUGUGUGUGUGUGUGUGUGUGUGUGUGUGUGUGUGUGUGUGAAGAAGGAAGGGGUGGGGGGGGACUGUCAGCAUCACACAGAUAAAGUGACUGUUGGCCACACUUUGCUGAGCCUGCCCUCCCUUUGUGGAUGUUGUUGUGUCUUGUUCCUUUUCUUUUUUUUUUUUCUUUCUCGCCUUCUUCUUCUUCUAUCUCUCUCCCUCUCCUGCUACCUCCUCUUUGUCUCCAAUCUCUCGCCUUGCUCGCUUUACCUUGUAGCCAAAGCCUUUUCAAGCUGCCAGUUCGUCUCUGGGCAUCCUGGAGGCACAGCAGAGCCCACACACACACACACACACACACUCUCUAACACAAACACAUACACAGACCCAACGUACAGCAGGGAUUUGGGUAAUAACUGAUUUUUUUUUGUGUGUGUGUGUAUAUAUAAAUUAUUUUUAUAUUUUUUCUGGAGUAUUGCUUGUGGGAAGACUGCUGCUGUGCUGAGAAGCUGCUUGCAGUAAUUUCUCCUUUUUCUCUGUCUGGCUCUCACUUUUUUUUGUACUUGUUGUCACCGGCAUCAAAACUUUUCACUGAGAGAAAAAAAGAAGAGGGACUGCUGGCCACUGAGAGCUUCUGUGGUUAGAGUGGGGGAUUUUGGAGGAUUUUUUUUUUUUUUUUUUUAAGGAUGGAUGUGGGUGGGUGGGGAGGAUUGUGGUGACUGGUGGAGAAAAACUAGGCCUCAGACCCAGACGCCUCAAGAGAUACAUACGCUCUAAUGUCAAAACCUGGGGGAACAAUGGUCAGCCGGCCGCGGCACCGAGUGCAAAGAGAGGGGGGGACGACAAAAAUGAACACACGCCACACAUGCCCGGCAACACACUGAGCGGAGGAAGGAGCCAAGCCGGAGACAGACAAAGAAGAAGGAGGAAGAGAAGUGGAGAAGAGAGGCAGCCAAGAGAAGCAAGAGGGCUUCUCCCCGACGUAGAGAGGGAAGGAGGAUCUGGGGGUGGGGGGGCCAGGUGGAAGAGGAGGACGAAGGAGGAGGAGGAGGAGGAGGUGGUGGUGGAGGAGGAGGAGACGGGGGUGGGGGUGGGACAGAGGGGGUCAUGUACCCGCGGGAUGGAGCUUCAGCCGGGCCGGAGGAGACGGGAGCCAAGGCAGGAGUCCUGGGCCCCGGGCUCUCUCUCCUCCAGCAGGUGGGCUGCUGGCACCUCAAUCUGAGCAGCUGGUCUAAUAAGGUUCCAGUGGUACAGCACCCUCACCAUGUGCACCCUCUCACGCCUCUGAUCACCUACAGCAAUGAGCACUUCACACCGGGGAACCCCCCACCUCACCUACAGACAGACGUGGAUCCCAAAACAGGAAUUCCAAGGCCUCCACAUCCUCCAGAUAUAUCUCCUUAUUACCCACUGUCACCUGGUACCGUCGGCCAGAUCCCCCAUCCGCUAGGAUGGUUAGUACCACAGCAAGGUCAACCUGUUUAUCCAAUCACAACAGGGGGUUUCAGACACCCCUACCCAACUGCGCUCACUGUCAACGCAUCCAUGUCAAGGUUCCCCCCACACAUGGUGCCCCCUCACCACAGUUUGCACACCACGGGCAUCCCACACCCAGCCAUCGUCACACCGAACGUCAAGCAGGAAUCCUCCCACAGUGACAUCAGCUCUCUCAACAGCUCGAAACAGUCAGAUGCUAAAAAGGAGGAGGAGAAAAAGAAGCAGGUCCACAUAAAGAAACCUCUGAACGCCUUCAUGCUCUACAUGAAGGAGAUGCGGGCCAAGGUGGUUGCUGAGUGCACACUGAAGGAAAGUGCCGCCAUCAACCAGAUCCUGGGGCGAAGGUGGCACGCCCUAUCGCGGGAGGAGCAGGCCAAGUACUACGAGCUGGCCAGGAAAGAGCGACAGCUCCACAUGCAGCUGUACCCGGGCUGGUCAGCACGAGACAACUAUGGGAAAAGGAAGAAGAGAAAAAGGGAAAAGCAGCAAGCAGAGAGCAAUGAACACAGAGAAUAUUUUCCAAACCCUUGCCUUUCACUCCCUCCGAUUACAGACCUGAGCGCUCCUAAGAAGUGUCGAGCGCGCUUUGGGCUCGAUCAACAGAAUAACUGGUGUGGCCCGUGCAGGAGAAAAAAAAAGUGCAUUCGCUACAUCCAAGGUGAAGGCAGCUGUGCCAGUCCUCCCUCUACGGACGGAAGCUUACUAGACUCCCCCCCAUCCUCCCCCUCCUCAGUGGUUCCCUCCCCCUCCUCAAAAGAGUCCAAACCUCAGACUGAACAAAUGCAACCUCUCUCACUGACUAUGAAACCGGCCCACCAGCCACUCCACCACCCGCACCUCCUGGCUGGGCCUCCACCAUCUUUGGUUCAGCUGGAAAACUCUGCUGCAGCUAGCAACACGCCCGGCGCCUCCUCCCACAACGGAGCCCUGGAGCACGGCGACAUCUCGUCCUCGCGGCAGCCGGGCUCCUCUGUGGUGUCCUCAAUGGCCCGGCCCUCGGCAUCGCUGUGUCAUUCCCACUCACUCCUCCCAUCCUCGGCCCCUCAGCCUCUGUCGCUAGUGACCAAGUCUAUAGAAUAGUCUACCCUAUUCUUCUCCUCUUUUCUAGCUCUGCACACACACCUUUCUAGGGCCUCCCUCUGCUAUAUUUCACUUGCCGUCAGUUCGGUUUUUUUUUUCUCUUUCUGUUUCUGUGCCACACGGCUUGAAAUUUUAGUUUUUGUUUUAUUAAAAAGUUCAUUGGUCAAUAUUUGACCCCUCAUUAUCAAAAAAAAAAUCUAAUUAUUAUAAAGAAAUGAUACAAUGAGCUGUAGUAUAGCUUUGUGAAUCUGCCAAAAUUUUUAUGAAUUUUGUUUUUGUCUUUUUUGUAGUGUUAAAACAGUGCAAACAGAAAAAAUUAUUUAGUUCAACUUCAAAAUGUUUAAAAGACGGAUAUAAAAAGGUAGGCUAGAUUAUUCAGCGAGCCCUUUUCUUGAAAGAGUUGGUUCUCCUUCUUUAUUUGUAUUAAAUACGAGCUUGCGAACCAAUCAUUUGACAUCUGUUCAAACUCUAGGGGGGCAUGAGGCUAGCGGUGACACCUCUCUGAGGAACAACUUUAAUUGUGAUGUUACUUGUUCUUGUUUAAAUGUACAGAAUAAUGGGGAGGGGGGGAUUACUGUGUUAAAUAUGCAUUCUUCCACUGCGUUGUCUUUUUUUCUUUGUUGUUUACCUUUGGGGCGGAGUCAGGCAAGUUGGGUGGGCUUGAGGGGAGGUCGGGGUGGGAGGGUCGCGGGUUAUUAAAUUCAAAAUGUCACAACGCUAGGACCAGUAGUAUUUAUUGCUUUAGAGAUUGCUUGUUGUAUCUUGUAUGUGUCUCUUUUUUGACUUUUUGUUUCUUAAUACAUUGUACAAAUAUUUUUUCUUAAGGUAAGCGACUUAUAUAUGAAUGAUCCAUUUUUACAAGGAGGUUUUAAAAAGGCAAAUCUUUUUGUUAUCGAUUUCUUUCCUCACUGAAAAAAAAAUACCUGGAUUCCACUCAGUGUACUGUGUAGAUCUCAUGAACAGAAGUAUGCACAACUUCAUUUCAAGAAAUGCGUCUAUAAGCCAUUUUACAAAAAAGAAGAAAAGAUAAACUUGAAACAAGAGACAGUUGGUACCGUGUCUUCAGUAGUUGGAAAAGUGUCUAAUGCCCUUCUUUUUUAUUGCACAGUCACAUCUCUCAGACUGUAGAUUCGUGUACAGAUUUUCCGUGCCAAAUUUUGUGAUAAUUUUCUCUGCCCCUCUAACCACGCUGUAGGGAUCUUUUUUGUUUUGUUUUUUGUUUUGUUGUCGUUUGUUUUUUUAUUUUAUUUCGAUACCAUUCUUUGCUGUGACGUUACAUAGAUUGCUAUGUAUGUAGUAUAAAUGUUGCUAUAACAAAUGUGUUUGGUAGCAAAUUGUCAAAUAUUAAAAUUUAAACUUAAUAAAAAGGCGGACAUCAUACUGUAUAAACCCACAAGGGCCAAAUUAUGUAUAUUAGGAGGUUCAUAAAAAAACUAUUAAAUACAAAAAAAUACACAAACUGCCACUUUUAAGUACACUACUACAUAUAGGUAGAUAGAAAAAAUAGGCAUGUUGAUGUUGCAAGAGGCUGUAAAAAAAGCUACAAGAGAAUCAUCCACUCGGUGCCAUUGUAGUUGACAUGACGCGACUGUAACCUGUCGAUUUCUUCUCUGGUUUAUUAAGAUGCUAAUGAUAAAUAGUUUGAAUGUUUCCUUAACGGCUGUGAUGUUCCUGUUCUAUUUUAUGCUCUUAUCUUUUUGUUUGUUUGUUUUUUCCUGUUAUUUUAAAUGGUUCCAAAACCAUGUUUUUUUGUAAUGAAUAAAUGUUUAUGCUGUACAGUCUCUGUAGCAUGCAGUUCUGUAUUAAUAAAAGCAACUUAGUAUGUGCA